AAUAAAAUAAAUCACUUCUCCGUCACUUUCCCUUUUCUUUUUCGCUGCAUUUAUUCCGAAGGAUGGGAUGGAUUUGAAACCGAGCCGGGAGGAAUUGGGAUUGUAACUGAGGAUGAGGAGAACCGUCCCCGGCAAGGAAUGGAUCGCCGUCAGCAGAGGUUUCAGGGAACACGCUCUCUGUCCACAGAGGAAGCCUGCUUUUCCAGAAUGUCCUGCAAGGAGGAGCUCUGGGAGAGGAACAGCCAAGCCAAGUGGGAUAACCUGCCGUGGCUGGAAGGCAGCUUGGACCAUCGUGGAGACGGUGACCGGGAGGAAGCCUCUGAGAGCAGCUCUGUGGUCUUCAUUGAGGAGCAGGGAGAUAUUGGGUGCGUGUCUGACUUAGAGGAUGUGGAGGAGCCCUCUGCCCAGGUGGAGGAAGUCGUAGGGGAGAUUGGGGAAGACACAGAGGGGUUUGUUUAUCCAGAGGGGUCCCUGGCGGGUGAUGAGUUUGCUGCAGAAGAAUCUGAGCAAAUAGCUUACCACAGAGAGAGUCGCGAUGAAGCCCAACUGGUCUUGUGUCCAGAGGCAGCUCUGGGAAGGGAGGAUUCUGAGGAGGAAACUGGGACCAUUGGUUAUGAGGGUGCAUCCUCUCUUGGAGUUGAAUCUGAGAUGACCCUUGAAGCUGAGGGAUCCAAUGGGGAGGAGUCCGAAGAGAUCCCCUGCUGGGGAGCAGCUCAUCUGGGGGGAGUGGACCUUGCGGGACAAUCGGAGGCCAUCGUUUACCAGGAGGGUUCUCUGGCCAGGGAGGGAUCCAGUAGCGAGGAGCAGGAAGAAAUCCACUCUCAGCAGGGCUCUCUUUCUGGGAACGGCUCCGACGAGGAGGCGUUCAGCGGCUGGGCUGUCCCGGUGCAGGCACUGGUGGCCGAGCAGCGGCCUUCCAAGCCGCGCCACAUCUGCAGCGAGUGCGGCCGCAGCUUGGCCAGCCACUCUGCCCUCGUCCGCCACUGCCUUAUCCACACCGGAGAGCUCCCGUACACUUGCACAGAGUGUGGGCGGCGCUUCCGGCAGUCCUCAGCCCUCGUCCGCCACCUCCGGGCCCACCGGGGCGAGCGCCCGUACGUCUGCGGCGAGUGCGGCAAGGCCUUUGGCGUCCGUUCGGCCCUCGUCCGCCACCAGCGGGCCCUGCACACGAGCGAGAGGCCCUACGUGUGCGGGGAGUGUGGCAAGGCCUAUGCUGACCUCUCCGUCCUGACCAAGCACCAGCUGAUCCACGUCAACGGGCGGCCGUUUUCCUGCCCCGACUGCGGCCAGGCGUUUGGGCACCGCACCACCUUGAACCAGCACCGGCGCAUCCACACCGAGGAGCGACCGUACCGCUGCGCCGAGUGCGGCCAGACCUUCCGGCAAAACUCGGCCCUGGCCAACCACCGCCAGGUCCACUCGGGGCAGCGCCCCUUCUCCUGCCAGUACUGCGGCAAAGCCUUCGCCGGCCGGCCCACCCUCGUCCAGCACCUCCGGACGCACACGGGGGAGAAGCCGUACAGCUGCCCUGACUGCGGCCGCCAGUUCAGCACCAGCUCCAACCUCCUGCAGCACCGCAGGAACCACCUGGGCGAGCGCCCUUUCGCCUGCUCGCUGUGCGGCCGGCGCUUUGCCCGCCGGCCCGACCUGGCCCGCCACUACGUCACCCACGCCGAAGGCAGCGUGCGGCCCCACCGCUGCGGGGAGUGCGGGAAGCGCUUUGUGGACCUGGCCGACCUGGAGCAGCACGGGGCCACGCACCGCGGCGAGCGGCCCUACGUCUGCAGCUUCUGCGGCAAGUCCUUCGCCGAGGCCGCCACGCUGGCCCGGCACCGCCGAUCGCACCUCCCCACGGCUCAGCAGGCCUACAAGUGUGAGGUGUGCGGGCAGACCUUCGGGCAGAGCUCCGACCUGCUGGCCCAUGGGCGGGUGCACAGCGGCGAGCGACCCUAUGCCUGCGGGGACUGCGGCAAGGCCUUCGGGCGCAGCUCCAACCUGUCGCGCCACCGGCGGGUGCACACCCACGAGCGCCCCUACGUCUGCGGCGACUGCGGGAAGAGCUACACCCAAAGCACGCACCUCAUGGAGCACCAGAGGCUGCACACGGGCGAGAGGCCCUACGAGUGCGUGGACUGCGGUCGCUGCUUUGGCAAGAAGGGGCACUUGGACUCUCACCGGCGGGUGCAUCGCCUGUUGCCCGGGUCUCCCAGAGGGGCUGAUGGGGCGCAAGCUGAUUCGGGGAGCCCGGAGGGCAUAUGAAGGAAUCCUCCAGGGGUGGAAAGUUGUGGGUUGUGGGUGGGGGACAAGGAGUCAGAGCAAGGCUAAUAUCCG